AUGGCCAGCAUGGGCACCAUUACGGCUGGCGUAAUGCUGGGCAAGGUGGAAAAUUGGACCGUUUACAAGGAGAUGAACGAGCUGUUUGUUCUGGUGCCCGGAUUGUGCGGCCUCAAGGGCAAUCUGGAUAUGUGCGUGGCGGCACGACUGUGCACCCAAUCCGCCAUGGGGAAUAUGCGCGAAAAAUCCGAUAUACGCAAAAUAGUUAUUGGCAAUUUGGCCGUGGUUCAGGUGCAGGCCAUUGUGUGCUCACUGUUCCUGGUCAUCUUUACGGUGGUGCUCAAAUCCAUUAUUGGGCGCACGCUAAUGGUUCAGAAUCUUUUGACCCUGGCAGCCUCAGCCAUUAUUACGGCAUCCACAUCCUGCAUAAUACUGGACACAAUGCUGCUGCUGAUUAUAUUGUUCUCGCAACGAUAUCGCUUCAAUCCCGAUUAUAUGGCCACGCCCAUGGUGGCCUCCAUUGGCGAUGUGACGUCCGUUAGCUUGCUGUCAUUCACAGCCGCAUUUCUGUACGAGAUGGAUAAGAGCUCCAGUUGGGUUAACAUACUUAUCCUUGGAUCGUAUGUGGUGAUACUGCUGCCAUUAAUGGUCAUUCUGGUGUGGCAUAAUGUCUAUACGCGACCGGUGCUGAUCUAUGGCUGGAUAUCUGUGAUUGGGGCACUGUGCAUAAGCGAGUUUUCUGGGUUUGUGCUCGGCUCAUCGGCGGAACAAUAUCGUGGAUUUGCCGUCUUCUCUCCUAUUAUCAAUGGGAGCGGCGGCAAUCUGGGAUCUGUCCAGGCGAACAAUAUGAGUUCCUUGCUCUACCAGCGCAGCGGAGUUCUUGGCAAAUUGCCGGAAGGCACGCGAAUCUUUCACUAG